AUGUCCGACAUCAAGGUUGACGGUUUCAAGUCCUCGGACAUCCUCGCGACGCUUUCUGGCGUGUUCAACGGAAUGCCGGACUCUGAGAAGCAGGCGCAGAUCAAGAAGACGAAGGGCAUCUUCCAGCUCAACGUCAAGAACACUGAGGGCGCCGAGGGCAUUUGGACAAUCGACAUGAAGCAGACCGGCACGGUGUACAAGGGACCGGCAAAGCCGAAGGCCGAUGUCACCAUCAUCCUCGCCGACGACACCUUCACACAGCUUGCCGAGGGUAAACUCGAUGGUCAGAAGGCGUUCAUGACCGGCAAGUUGAAGACGAAGGGAAACAUGAUGCUUGCCACGAAGCUCGACGGUGUCUUGAAGGCGGCAAAGAGCAAGGCCAAGCUCUAA